ACCAGGGAUCGAACCCAGGCCCCCUGUAUCGGGAGUGUGGAGUCUUAUCCACUGAGCCACCAGGGAAGUCCCUUAAUACUCUAGUUUAUAUUCAGGUCUCCAAAAUCAUUCUCCAAAUUCAUUUAUUGUGACUUCUGUGUUCUGUUACCGUGGCUAAGUGCUAAGGACAUAAUGGUGAAGGUGUCUGCCCUUGUGGAACCUGCAGUGUGAAAAGGGAUAAAUACAUAGACAAUUCAAUCUAUAAUUAUAAACUUUGAACUAUGCUAUAAAAGGAAAGAACCAGCUUCUAGAAAUCGACACUAAUAGGUGAGACCGUUCUAAUUUGGAUGAGAAAACGCCGGUUUUAGGAAGAAAAAUUUGAACUGAGACUGGAGGCUUAGUGGAAGUGGGCAGGUGAAGAGGCGUAAAGAGUAGAAGGGAAGAAAGUUCCUUGCAGAACAGAGCAGAGGUGGGAUUUUGUGGACAGAGUUGGAAGGUCUGAGUUCCACAGAGACUUAUACCCUUAACUGGAAAGUUCCUGAAUUCAUACAUUCAGCCUACGACUGUUAGUACCCACGAGGCGCUGAUGGGAGCUUUGAGUUUGUUUUGCCAUGGAUGAAAUGGGAAUAAGAAAGGAUUUUAAUGAAGCUGAAAUGGGAUUAUGUAUCCCAGAUACCCUUAGACACAGUAAAGCCUCAAUGUUCAUAGACUGCUUGAGGAAAGAUAUAACAGGAAGUCGAUUUCCCGACAAUUUCUGCCCCGGGCAAACAGUGAGAAGGACUGGAUUAUACAUAAACCCAGUCACCUAACCAAAGGCAUUACAAAGUUUAAUACCAUCCUUUACAAUGAUCUUUUUUUUUCUCCCUGACUCUGAUCACACCCAGGUCUUUUGGUUUUAGGGAAUAUUAAAUCAUCCAAAAAAUUACCGUGGAUUAGGGACUGGCCUUCUGCCCUGCCGUGCGCCAUUUACUCCCCCCCACCCGCUUUGUUCUAGGGUCUUACUUCACCUCCAGCUUACUAGCUCCUGGCUCAUCAGUUGGAAGUAGAUUCAAAAAGUGUACUGUGCCUUUCUUUUCUUAAUAUAAUAUUCAUGGGAGGUUUUUCCUUUGGGGAAAACUUCUCUUUGACUUUCUCCGUACAAGUUAUUUCCACAGACUGUGGAUUUUUCAGGACAGGCUUAAUUUAACAUGUUUUCUUUUACUACAAUUUUUACUUGUUUAGCUAUCUUGUCCAUAUUCAGCUACCACUGAACGACAAUCAUUGGGAUGUGAUGAAAGAAUUUUGAAAUCGGGCUUAGGGAUUGAGCGCAUCCACUUCCUAAUUAAGUUAUUUCAUGUCCUUAAACCUCAGUUUCCUCAUUUUCAAAAUGGAUAAAACAAUGCCAACCUCUCUUGGAAGAUAAAAGGAGAAAGUGUGCAUUUAGUGCAGCCUGUGGUACAUACCAGGAGCUCAAUUAAUUAUUAUUAUUAUCACUUGGAGACUCAAGUGGCAUAAUUUUAAUACCUUGUUCUAAGCAGAAACGGCAUCGUGUUUUCACUAUCACCAACUAAAAUAAGUAUAAACAACUAUAUCUUCAAUUAAGUUUUCCUUAAACCACUAACAUUUCUUGAGCUGUAAACCUAGUGCACAUGCAUUUAGAUUGGUAAAUUACAUCUACCACACUACCUUACACAGAAAAGGUGUUGGGAAUAUAAGCAGAUUAGUCAGUGAGGCAGGUGUUAAUUGGCUUUUUUACUCAGUAUGAGAAUUCUAAACAGCUUCCAUGUAUUAUUAAACCAAAUUCUUACUUUUCCAACUUGGGCUGUUGACUGUAAUUCUCUCUUUUUUGGUUUAGGGGACUUAAAACAAUGCCAAGCAUUUUCAAACAAUGACUCAAAAAUUGGAGGUUAACCUUCUUUCCUUCAGUAAGUUUUAUUGAUGGCUAUGAAUAUCAAAAAGAUGAUGAAGCUGAUUUAUUUUCUGCCUUGGGUUGUCCAAACACCCAGGUGAACAUCUUUAUCAGUUUAGCAUUCUAUUUUGCUUGCAUUCCCGAUGAGCUUACCAGAAACUCUAACAAGCUGGGAAGGUGAUGAAUAACUAAUUAAGAAAAUGCAAUGCACAAAUGUGGAGGAACGGUCUAUAAUUGCACAGUUCCUUACAAUGAAGUAAAUGCUAAAUACACACGCAUGCCCAGAGGCACCAGGGAAACACCAAUCAAAGACUUAGAAGGCUGAAGAUUUCAUCAUUUAUUCAACAUUUAUUGAGCAUUUACACCAUGCAAGGCAGUUAAUGGAAUAAAAUACAUAGAGAUUUACUGUAGAGGUGUGUAUACAUAUAAUAUUAUACACACAUACACACUUUUAGAAAAUUCCAGGCAUCUCCAUGUCAGGAUGAUGCAAUCACUUUGAACUACACAUCUUUUCCACAGUAAAGUCCAUAUUGCAAAAAAUUUCGAUAAUGAUUAGUUUGGCAACACCCAGUUACUAUGACAACGCCCAUUGCUGAUCCAUGGGAGAUGUAAGAGGAUUGUCUCAGUAAUAAAAUGAUGUUAUCAGACAUUUAUGGCUUGUGGGGAAAAAGUGCAGUCGCUCCUUGUUUUGAUAUUAUCUCUGACUAUACUUGCUUUUAAUCUACCUUUUCUAUAUUUAGUAUCCAGUCAUUUUAAAUUAAAAAAAAAAAACAAAACCCAAACCAAAAAUCAAGGUCUGCACUGUGACAGUAAACCAAACCUUUUGAGUAUGAAUCCUGGAGGUUACUAUUUAGCAUUUAAAGGAAAUAAAUCAUGGUGAGGGGGUAAUCUGAAAUUUGAAGGCCACCUUAAGAGUUGAAAUGGGGUGGGAAGGUUGAAUAUACCACCAUUUACCAUUCUUCAGAUACCUCCAGACUCAAUUUAAACAUUUCAGUGAAAAAGGAGAUGGGAGGGGACACGGGUCAAAUCUCAGUUUUUUGUUUUGUUUUGUUUUUGUUUUUUUGUUUUUUGGUAGAUGUAAACACUGAGCCAAAAUACUUCACUGAAAAGACCUUCCUCCCCGGCUUGCGAGGAUAUCAACCUUACAAAAGUAAUUUUUGGAGCACACUACCAAAUACGCUCGUUCCAAAACUGUUACGGAAGCUCCAAGUUUUUAGUAAAUACACAAUCAUUUUUCUUUUUCUCUCCGAGGAUUCAGAUAGCUGAAGCGAGGAUGGGUCCCCCUCGGAUUUCGUCCACGAUCCAGCCAAUCUGAGCCCGGAUGCUAAUUAGUUGCUCUCCCCCGAUGAACACGCCUUUGUCGCUUGUAGGGCCGGACUACAAAGCCCAGAAUGCCUCGCCCCUCCCUGAUCAAUGAGGUCUUAUUUAAAUGAUCUCUGAGGUCUUGGACCCAGGCCAAUCAGCUGUCAGGGCUCAUGAUAAAUCGCAAUGCAUUAUUGAUAAUAAUAAUUACUGGGACAUGCGCGUUCCGGCCGAAGGGGGGUAAAUUUCCCAACUCCAGGAAUUUGUGGCGGAGUGGGCAAAUAACCGCGGCUCUCCAGGCGCCCCGAUGCUCGCACCAUGUCGAGGCGCAAGCAGGCGAAACCCCAACACAUCAACUCGGAGGAGGACCAGGGCGAGCAGCAGCCGCAGCAGCCGGCCCCGGAGUUUGCAGAUGCGGCCGCAGCGGCGCCGGCGGCGGGGGAGCCGGGUACUCCAAUGAACCCCCCAGGGAGUGGCGAUGACGUGAACGUGGACGGAGCAGGGAUAAAGAGGCCUCGGCGGGAGGAGACUCACAUCUGUGAGAAAUGCUGUGCCGAGUUCUUCAGUUUCUCGGAGUUCUUAGACCAUAAGAAGAAUUGCACUAAAAAUCCACCUGUCCUCAUCAUGAACGACAGCGAGGGGCCGGUGCCUUCAGAAGACUUCUCCGGGGCUGUGCUGAGCCACCAGCCACGCAGCCCAAGCAGGAAGGACGGUCACAGAGAGGACGGUGGCAGCUCAGGGGACACGAGGGAGAAGCCGGGGGCAGAGUCCAUCGUGUACUUAAAGACGGAGGCCGCCCUGCCACCCACACCCCAGGACAUAAGCUAUUUACCCAAAGGCAAAGUGGCCAACACCAACGUCACGCUUCAAGCGCUACGGGGCACCAAGGUGGCCGUGAACCAGCGGGGCGCAGACGCGCCCCCAGCCCCGCUGCCCGGCGCCAGCAGCAUCCCCUGGGUCCUCGAGCAGAUCCUAUGUCUGCAGCAGCAGCAGCUCCAGCAAAUCCAGCUCACGGAGCAGAUCCGUGUGCAGGUGAACCUGUGGGCCUCCCACGCCCUCCACUCCAGCGGUGUGGCCGGAGCUGACUCCCUGAAGACGCUGGGCGGCCACGUGUCCCAGCAGGUUUCAGCGGCUGUGGCUCUGCUCAGCCAGAAGGCGGGGAGCCCAGCUUUGCCCCUGGACACCUUGAAGCCAGCCAAGCUACCUCACACCAGCAUCCCUUCUGCUGCCAGCUCCGUGUCCCCAGGGCUGACGCCCUUCGCCCUGAAGCCAGACGGGACCCGGGUGCUCCCCAACGUCCUGUCGCGUCUCCCGGGGGCGUUGCUACCUCAGGCCCCAGGCUCUGUGCUCUUCCAGAGCCCCUUCUCCGCGGUGGCGUUAGACCCGUCCAAGAAAGGGAAAGGGAAGCCACCGAGUGUCUCCCCGGUAGAUGUCAAACCCAAGGACGAGGUCCUCUACAAGCACAAGUGUAAGUACUGUAGCAAGGUUUUUGGGACUGAUAGCUCCUUGCAGAUCCACCUCCGCUCCCACACCGGAGAGAGACCCUUCGUGUGCUCUGUCUGCGGUCACCGCUUCACCACCAAGGGCAACCUCAAGGUGCACUUUCAUCGGCAUCCCCAGGUGAAGGCAAACCCGCAGCUGUUUGCCGAGUUCCACGACAAGAUGGCGGCAGGCAGUGGCCUUCCCUACGCGCUCUCUGGCCCUGUCCCCGUAGAUGAAUCCGGGCUCUCCUUAGACAACAAACCCGUCCUUGCGACGGGGAUCCCCAAUGUAGGGCUAUCUCAGAAUCUUUCUUCGGGGACUAACUCCAAGGACCUCAUGGGUGGCCCGUUGCCCAGCGACCUGCAGCCCGGGCCUUCUCCGGAAAGUGAGGAUGGAUGCAUCCUACCUGGGGUGGGGCCCAACCUUAACUCCCCGAGGGUUGGCGGCUUCCAAGGGAGUGGGACACCCGAGCCGGGGUCAGAGACCCUGAAAUUGCAGCAGCUGGUGGAGAACAUCGACAAGGCCACCACCGACCCCAACGAAUGUCUCAUAUGCCACCGUGUCUUAAGCUGCCAAAGUUCCCUCAAGAUGCAUUACCGUACCCACACCGGGGAGAGGCCGUUCCAGUGUAAGAUCUGUGGUCGAGCCUUCUCCACCAAAGGCAACCUGAAGACGCACCUCGGGGUGCACCGGACCAACACGUCCAUAAAGACGCAGCACUCGUGCCCCAUCUGCCAGAAGAAGUUUACCAACGCGGUCAUGCUGCAGCAGCAUAUUCGGAUGCACAUGGGCGGUCAGAUUCCCAACACGCCUCUGCCGGAGAAUCCCUGUGACUUUACGGGUCCCGAGCCGAUGAUGGUCGGUGAAAAUGGCAGUACAAGCGUUGUCUGUCAUGAUGAUGUCGAAAGCAUCGAUGUAGACGAAGUCUGCUCCCAGGAGGCUCUUGGCAGCUCCUCGAAGGUCCCCAUGCCCCUUCCCAGCAUCCACUCGGCAUCACCUACUCUAGGGCUGGCCUCGGUGGCUUCCCUAGAUGCCCAGGGGAAGACAGGUCUCACUGGUCUUGUCCUGCAGCGACAGAGCAGCCGAGAAAAUGGUUCCGUGGAGAGUGAUGGCUUGACCAACGACUCUUCCUCCUCGGUGAUGGGGGACCAGGAGUAUCCGAGCCAAAGUCCAGAUGUCCUGGAGACCACGUCCUUCCAGGCAGUCUCCCCAGCCAAUAGCCAAGCGGAGAGUGUCAAGUCCAAGUCUCCUGAUACCGGUGGCAAAGUGGACAGCUCCGAGAACAGCCGCACUGAGACGGAAGGUCGGAGCACUGGCCCACCGACAUUUAUCCGAGCCCAGCCAGCCUAUGUCAAAGUCGAAGUUCCUGGUGCGUUCGUUGGUCCCGCGACCGUGUCCCCAGGCGUGACACCUUUGCUCGCCAUCCAGCCCCGACGACAGGCCAAGCAGCACGGCUGCACGAGGUGCGGGAAGAACUUCUCAUCUGCCAGCGCGCUUCAGAUUCACGAGCGGACUCACACCGGGGAGAAGCCUUUCGUGUGUAACAUUUGCGGGCGAGCUUUUACCACCAAAGGCAACUUGAAGGUCCAUUAUAUGACGCACGGGGCCAACAAUAGCUCGGCACGCCGUGGCAGGAAGCUGGCCAUCGAGAACACCAUGGCUCUAUUAGGAACGGACGGAAAGAGGGUCCCCGAGAUAUUUCCCAAGGAAAUCCUGGCCCCUUCGGUGAACGUGGACCCUGUUGUGUGGAAUCAGUACGCCACCAUGCUCAAUGGUGGUCUGGCCAUGAAGACCAACGAAAUCUCUGUGAUCCAGAGUGGUGGCAUUCCCACCCUCCCGGUGUCGCUGGGGGCCAGCUCUGUGGUGAAUAACACCGCUACCUCCAAGAUGGAUGGCUCCCAGUCGGCCAUCAGUGCCGAGGUGGAGAAGCCAGGAGCUGCCGACAGCGUCCCCAAACACCAGUUCCCUCACUUCCUGGAGGAAAACAAGAUCGCCGUCAGCUAAGCUACAGGAGAACGCACGUCGAAGGAGUAGUGCCGUGACCUCUCUAGAACUGUCCCUUUUUUGUUUGUUUUUCUUAAAGACCCCAUCUCCUCCAGUUUUCUUCCUGAUGUGCAAAUAAUGUUUACAGUUGUGACCACAACCUCAGGCACAUCCUACAAUCACAAUGUUGCUAUGCUGCUUUGCAAAAACAAACAAACAAAAAAGAAAAAAUCAAAAAAAAAAUUCAUACUAAAACAAAUAUAGACUAGUAUUUUUUUUUUUAAUUUUGGAAAGAAGCGGGUCUUGCAAAGUAGUUUUGUUACUUGCAACAAAC